AUGACGGAUCAGCCAGUGACUAGAGCAAAUCUUGAGAGAAUUACCACGACUUUUACCGCGACUCUAACGUCUUUGACUGAACAAAAGACAACUUUUACAAAUCAGGUUGUGUUGCUAAUGGAUGAGAUUUUGUCUUCCACAAAUGUCACUCAAGAUGUUGGUUCAAUCUCCGAUGAAAAUAAAGAAUCGUGGCAACAUUUUGUCUUCCACGACCUUUCAUCAAUCAAGGAUUUCUACGCUAAAUACGCUCAUGAAAAGGGAUUUUCUUUGAGAAGAAAUUUGCACUCCUUCUAUGAUUCUCGUAACAAAAAAAUGGACAUUGUGCAAUAUGUCUGUUAUGUUUGUAACAAGCAUGGGAGUCGGGCGGAUCCUAAGAACAAGACAAACUCGGAUACUCCUGUUCUCAUUGAAUACCAUAAAGAGAAAGAACUUCCCGAGGAAAGGACUGGUUGCCUAGCUAGUAUUUCGUUGAAGUAUGAUUCUAAUGUUAAAGGUUAUCACAUAUACAAAUGGAAUGUUACUCAUAACCACCCUCUCCAUAAACCCGAGCAUUCGCAUUACUUGAGAUCGGCUCGAGAGAUUAGUGAGCCUCAAAAACAACUUGCUAUAAUAAAUUCGAAAUCAGGCAUGUCUGUAAGAUCCUCCUUUCAAGUUAUGCGUCAAAUAGCUGGUGGUUCAAAGAACCUUGGGUAUUGCUUCCAAGAUUUAAAGAACUUUUGUCACCACUGUUCGACAAAAGGAAAUGGUAUUGGUGAUGCAACUAUUAUCCAUGAAUAUCUUAGAAAUGAAGCUUUGAGGAACCCAUCGUUCUAUUAUGAUAUCCAAGUAGAUUCUGAAGAGAACAUAGCUAGCAUUUUCUGGUCAGAUGCAAUCAUGCAGCAAGACUAUGAAUCAUUUGGUGAUCUCAUCAGUUUCAACACAACUUAUCGAACAAACACGGAGUAUCGUCCAUUAGGUUUGUGUUCUAUUCAUUUCACUACUAUUAUAUCAAGCUUCCAUUUUAUUUUGCAAUUAUCAGUGCAUUGA